GUUUGGGUGACUCGUAGCAGGGGAAAAUGUCUCGCAGGUAUCUGGUUUGACGAACCACGAUGCAUGCGAGGUGCAUGUGUGUGCGUAUCGUGUGAAUUUUCACAGGUGGUGAUUUUUGGUGCUGGACAAGGAGCCCGAGAUUCGCCGGUCGUCGGACAGUAGUCGAAAAGAGGAGACGCGAGUUCGAGGCGCCGUGAUCGCGGGGCGUAUCCCAAAAUCGUGGGGGAAAAACGGCCCUGAUUCGGUCAAGCGAACUCCGCGAUACUGUGCGUCGUGUUUUGUCGCAUUCCGUGAGAGAAUCACGGGUGUACACGAAAACCAGUGCAAGUGAGAACAAGCUGGUAGGGGAGGGUGAGUCAAGUUGAAGGGAGAUCGAUUUGACACGACGACCACCGAGCUGAUUCAGCUUCGCGUACGAUGUCGGAUCGCUUUGUGACGAUUUUUUACGGUAAGACGGGAACCUGGGUCUAAACAAGUAGGUGCUCGCGAGAUCAGCGUUUUAAAUUGACAAGUGAAAACUGAUUUUUGUUAUCGUCAAUCGACUCACCGUGAAUCACUGCCAAUGUGCAACUCAGCCGACGCUUCAUACGUACAAAAGCUAGGUUAUCUGCAUCUCGGAGAUGAACCCAGUGACGCCGGCGGUGCAACGGGUAUCGGCAGGGUCACAGGAUCACGACCCGAGGCUCAGGUACCCGUGUCGAGGAAUACCGCUAGCAGAAGCGAUGCUAGAGGGCCUGGCAGACCAGUUGGUGCCAUUGAAAGUUUCAUUGAGGGCAACUCUGAGAGCACCAGACAAGUGUCAGCAACUGAUUACAAAUUAUACGAACGUGAGAAUAUUAUAGCUGCAUCCAGGUUCGCUACACCCAAGCCUGUAGAGCAGAUUAGUGCCCAACAGCAGCAGCAAAAUCAAAGUCGUAUAAGCCAUCAACAAGCACCGGUGUAUGAGAAUAUCGAUUACUAUCCGCAGCAGAGUCAACCUCAUCCCCCGUACUAUCAUCCAGUGGAAUCAAGGAAGAGCCCUAAGAGUAGCCCCAGAGGUUCCGUGGCUAGUGAAUCCUAUGAGCCUACUUUUAGAAAAGCACAACCACAAGUGCCCACUGGGAAUCGAUAUCAAUCUGUGUCACCGGCAAAAGAGUUGCCCCCGUACGAAGCCCCUCCAGUUUAUGAGAACAUUCAGGAGGUACACUUCCCAGAGAACGCACAGAACAAGCCAGGUCCUCAAGUUCCACCUAAUUAUUAUCACCCUGCCACAAUCAAUGGCGGUGAUUAUGUUGUUAUGACUGGGAAAGUAGGUCAAGCACAAAAUCAACGCGGUAUGACACAAAGUUUAUCUUAUACGCAACAAAGAGGAAGCAAUAUUCGUGGCCAAAGUUACGAUGGCUCAAGUUUACAACGUUCCGUGGACUCAUCCACAUCAAGGUACUUACAAGGAUCAUCCUCUUCAUUGGAUCACCAAGCUGGCAGAAGUGCUUACGUCCCACCAUCCGAGUUACAAACACCGACCAGGAAUUUUAGUUAUAGUGCUGAGCAACAACAACAACAUUCUCCUAGGUCUGGACUCCCUUAUCAUAGUGAAUCUCCACCGAUUCGUUUACCACCGGAACCUCAUCACUACCGUGGGUCUUUAGACAGUACACUGAGUGGCCAGCAUGGAUUCAGAGCAACAAAUCAUAUUGAAAGUGCACAACAGUCACAGUAUCGACAAGACAGUCCACAAAGUUACAAACCAUACAUAGAAUCAAGCACAAGAACCACAAAUCCAAAUAUCUCAGGAGAAACUCAGGCAAGAAAUUCUCCAGUUUAUGGUGUGAGACAAGGAGAACAAUCGGUUUGUAGAAAUUCUCCUUGCUACUCACCCAAUAGAGUAUUACCACCAAACGAGAGAAAUUAUCAUCACCAAGAACCUAGAGGAGAAUUUCCAGCCAGAAACUCACCAAUUUAUUCUUCCAAUAGAUCAACAGAACACUUGAGAUUAAGCAAUCUCCAAAGUGAUAGAAACUUUAUUCAGGAUGUACCUGAUCCAUCUGAAACAAAAGCAUCAACAGUGUACUCGAGCAGGGGUGCUGAUUCCUCUAGAAUCAUUGCUAACAAUAAUACUGUGAGGGGUUCUCCAAAAACGAGUCCAACUCAUAACCAAGUGUCAUCUGAUACGGUUGCACAUAAUAUGAUUAAUUCACCGAGACAUGUGUCAUCAUCUUCCUCAAAUAAUACCAUUGGGAGUCCUAUACGUGGCCAAGUACAAGCACCGGUAACUAGUGCUACAACCACCACUACAGAAUCUGACAUAAAUAUACAUGGUCCUAGGAUCACUAGCCUACCCCCAGGGGUGACUAGUGGUGUGGCUGGUCCAGUUUUUUUAAAUGCUGGUGUACCUGUACUACAAAGGCCAUCUGAGCCAGAAUUGGAAGAAAGGAAGUCAGUUAGUCCUCCGAUCAAACCUACAUCUGGCAAAGGACUGCUGCCUUACAAUGUCAUACCGCCAAGACCUUCAGGGCCUACCGAGGCGGAAAGGAAAAUAGAAGAGCUGACAAGACAACUGGAAGAAGAAAUGGAGAAGCAAGAGGAGGAAGGGGAGUACUUCGGCAUCUGUCACACGUGCGGCGAAAAGGUAACAGGGGCCGGCCAGGCCUGCCAAGCCAUGGGCAAUCUGUACCACACCAAUUGUUUUAUAUGCUGUUCCUGUGGGAGAGCAUUGCGCGGCAAAGCGUUCUAUAAUGUCCACGGGAGGGUAUACUGCGAGGAAGAUUAUCUGUAUUCCGGCUUCCAACAGACGGCCGAGAAAUGCGCGAUCUGUGGACACCUGAUCAUGGAAAUGAUUUUGCAAGCGAUGGGAAAGUCUUACCAUCCAGGGUGCUUUAGAUGUUGCGUCUGCAACGAGUGUCUGGACGGUGUUCCUUUCACAGUCGACGUGGACAAUAAGAUAUAUUGCGUGAAUGAUUAUCAUAGAAUGUUCGCGCCUAAAUGCGCCUCUUGCGGCAAGGGAAUCACUCCUGUCGAGGGGACCGAGGAGACCGUGAGGGUAGUUUCGAUGGACAAAGACUUCCACGUGGACUGCUACGUCUGCGAGGACUGCGGUAUGCAACUGACAGACGAACCGGACAAACGAUGCUACCCACUCGACGGCAGGUUAAUGUGCCGUGCGUGCCACAUCCAACGCAUAUCCCACACACAGCCUAGAGCACCGCAGCCAGUAUCAGCUAGUUAUCAAUUUAUGGGAUAAGUUUAAACGAAUUUCGCGGCUAUACAGAUUUCAUCGAGCACAAUUCGGAAUUGCACGCAGUCGGUCGAAUGAAUCGGUGUUAUCCACUACCAACGGAAAGAUAAGACUUACCUAUUGGUCCACGCGAUUUGAACCCAUAGAGACAGACGUCGAUCUGCAUUCUACUUAGAGGUCUACAAACAAAAGAAAAGAGAAAGAAAAAUGAAGAGGAAAAAAAAAAGAAAGGGAAAGUUAUAGCUUUAUUGUUCCUCCAAAUAAGAGGUUCGGAUUACGUAC